AAGAGUCCAUGGGCUACCUCAAAUAACCAUAGGGUUUUGUACUUUUCUUUUCUCAGCAUCUUUUCCUCACCUGCGAUUCUUCGCCAUUUCUCCAGCGUCUCCCUCAGAAAUCAAUCCAUUAUUCCGCUUCUACCAACACUUUGGUGUUUCUUUAUACUUGAGUGAGCCAUGGGGAGAAAGGCUGGAAAUUUGUACAUAAACCCGAAAAAGCUCGGUGGUAUAGCGAAACCAUGUAUGAAGGAGAUGGUGACGUUCCUCAACUGCAUGGCUCUCAACAAAUGCAAAGAUGAUAACUGCGAGAAACAGAAGAACCUCCUGAGCGUUUGUAUGAACGGACAUGCGGAGAAGUCCAAGUCGUGGGGAAACAUCAAUUACCAUUUGCAGAGGCUAACCCGCGGAAGAAAGUAAUGUGGCAUAUGGAUCUUGUUCUAUCCAUAGACUGAUGGGUCAAAUGGUAGUUAUAAUGAUCUUAUUGAUUUCUACGUUUCUCUCCCAGUGUUUUUGGGGUACUUCAUAUUUAUAAGUUGUUGGCAUCUAGAAGAAGUAGAAACUUUGGACAUAUUGUUCACCUAAGGAGAAAGGAUUUGGUCUCUCUGUUUUGCAAUAAACAUGUCUUCCGUGUC